UUGUGCAUUGCUUCAAACUGGAAUUAUUACAUCUCCUCAAGAAACAAAGGAUCUCUUUUGAAAAAAGAAAGCCUGAAUACACUCUUCCUAUCUUUAGGACUGACUUUUUCACACCAGAAGUAUACUUCAGCAAGAAAACACAGACCUGCAAAGCCACUUAAGGAUUACGGAGUGAAGACGGAGAGCUUUUCAAUUUAUAGUAACGUAAUUACGCCUGGAGGAAAACAGCUUUUGCACAAAAGGAAAGAGAGCUCUUUACAUAAAGUAGCUAGGUACCCGGUAAAUGAAAAGAGACUCUAUUUUGACCCAGAGCUAGUGUGAAAAAAGGGGCAACAUAGCAGUGAGUCAGCGUUAGUGGUGGUGGCCCUCGCCAUGGUGCUACCACCACCAGAUAAACGGCACGUCUGUCUCACCACCAUUGUCAUCAUGACCAGCAUGGCCUUCAUGGAUGCCUACCUGGUGGAGCAGAACCAGGGGCCACGCAAGAUUGGCGUCUGUAUCAUCGUCCUGGUCGGGGACGUGUGUUUCCUCAUAGUGCUCCGCUACGUGGCUGUGUGGGUGGGAGCUGAGGUACGGACAGCACGCCGUGGCUACGCCAUGAUCCUGUGGUUUCUCUACAUCUUUGUUUUGGAGAUCAAGCUCUAUUUUGUCUUCCAAAACUGCAAGGCUGACCGCAAAAGUCUGGAGACCGUAGCAAGAAAAGCUCUGACUUUACUCCUCUCUGUAUGCGUACCAGGCCUCUAUUUAGUCCUGGUGGCACUUGACAGCAUGGAAUAUGUUCGGACGUUUAGGAAGAAGGAGGAUAUGAGAGGAAGACUCUUCUGGGUUGCUUUGGACUUGCUGGACUUGCUUGAUAUCCAGGCAAACCUGUGGGAACCCCAGCUAACAGGUCUUCCCAUUUGGGCAGAAGGGUUGAUGUUCUUCUACUGCUACAUUCUUCUUUUGAUCCUACCAUGUGUGUCAUUAAGUGAGAUCAGUGUACAGGGAGAAAAUGUGUCACCGCAGAAGAUGAUGCUCUACCCCAUGCUCAGCUUGGUUACAAUCAACGUGGUCACCAUCCUUAUACGCGGCGUUAACAUGGUGCUCUUUCAGGACAGCCGGGUGUCCACCAUCUUCGUUGGCAAGAAUGUGGUGGCAAUAGCCACCAAGGUGUGUACCUUCCUGGAGUAUCGGAAACAGUCUCGAGAAUUCCCAGCACGAGAAAACGCAGCCGGUAUUCCAAUGGAGAUCCAGCAGAACUCUGUGGGACAUGGACAGGCUCUGCCCAAUGCAACAAGCCUCCCACAUGAACCAACGCCAGUGCAGGAGAUUAUCGACACAUGACCAAGUAACCAAUGAGAAUCGAGUCUUCACGGCUCCAACCUGGCACAGUUCUACCAUUUGAUGAAUACACAAAAAAGAGGGGACUUGUUGUUAUUACUGUUUCAUGUCUGAGUAUGUGGACUGGUUUUCAACUCGGACAUACUGUAUGGAGGACCGCAACAUACAUAAAGCAAGCAGAAAUUUUAAGGUGCAGAACAGAAAAACAGAUUUCUACUGACUAAGCUGGCAUAUUUUGCCAGAUUUUCUCUCUGUAAAUGGCUGAAAACAUCAAAUCAACUUGUUUUCCUUUUAAGAACAUUUGUGAGUGUGGGAUUUUUUCUAAUGCUGCAUUUCUUGCUUCGUACCUGAUCCACCAGAUAUCAGCAUAUCUCUAAAUCGGUUCUUGCAAAGGACUUUUGAUAGGUGUAGGAUUAAAAAAAAAAAAAAAAGGAAGCAAUUAUUGAUUUACAACUGAAACGAAACUCUUUUGGGAAUGUCUGUUUAUUGUUAGAAUGAGAUUUUUAACAAGUGGCUAGUAAUUGACAGUGUUCAAUUGCUGCAGCAAUUAUGACUUGUGGUUGUGCAUCUGGAGAGCGUGUGAGUGAGGGUGAGGUUUAGAUAAUGAUGAUAGAGUGAAAGAGGGCCUUUGGCAACCUCAGCACAGAGAGUGAGAUAAAAAAAAAAAGAAAUUCAACCAUUAUCAUGUAUAAUCUAUGUACAUUCCCUCACGAAAAGCCUUGAAAGACAGUGAAUGCAUUCACAGAGCUUAAUUUGUUA